CUUGACACUCGUACGACAAUUUCACCAACAUCACCAAACCAAACCAAACCAUUUUGAUAUUGCGCCGGCGUGUUCGUUCUUAUUGAAUGAAAACUAAAACACGUGUUUCGAUAUAAGGAUAAUUUCCAGCUAAGUUUAAACACUUAUCGUAGAUAUUAAAGUCUAGAAUCAGUAAAGAUCUAUUUUCUGCAAUGACUGAAGAAAAAGAAGUAGCGACUGAAACCAACGGUCAAGAAAAUGAUAAAGAGAAUAAUGCCGAGGAGGAAACUCAUUUAGAAAGUGCCAUUAUACGACAAGUUGAAUACUAUUUCGGCGAUGUCAAUCUGCCUCGGGACAAAUUUUUGGGUGAACAAGUUACCCUGGAUGAUGGCUGGGUGCCCCUCGAUGUGCUCACAAAGUUCAACAGACUGGCUAAACUGACUAUGGACACAGAUAUCAUUGCUAAUGCUCUUGCCAAAUCAACAUCUGGUCUUCUAGAAAUUUCAGAUGAUAACAAAAAAGUAAGACGAAAUCCCGAGUUACCAAUCCCAGAGAUGAAUGAGGAGCGUCGCAAAGAAAUGAUGGCAAGAACUAUCUAUGUUAAAGGUUUUGCUAAAGAUUUAACAUUGGACGACCUUCUGAAGUUCUUCAAAGAUUAUGAUGGUGUUGAAAAUAUUAUUAUGAGGAGAUAUCAAGAUAGACAGACCAAGAAGAGACAUUUCAAAGGAUCAAUAUUUACAACUUUUAAGACUAAAGAACAGGCUGAUAAAUUUAUGGAAAACAAAGGUCUGAAACACAAUGACACAGAACUGAUUAUUCUCUGGCAAGACAAUUAUCUGCAGAUGAAGCAUGAGGAGCAUGCAGCAAAGAAAGAACAGAGAAACAAGAAAAAUAAGGAAAGAGAAGAGAAAAAGGAAGAAAAGGAAUUCAAACUGCCGACGGGCACUGUGUUGCAUUUCAAGCAAGAUAACGAAAAAAUGACCAGAGAAAAUAUUCAUGAAGCCUUAGUGGCUUUAGGUGCGGAAAUAGCUUUUAUAAGCUACAAAGUCGGAGAAAAAGAAGGUUGGGUGCGUCUCACUAAAGAAGAUGCAGCGAAAACCGUAGCCGAGAAGAUACCUGAUGGUAAAUUGACAAUCGCGGAAACAGAAGUUGUGUUCAAACUUCUAGAAGGUGAUGAAGAGAAGGCGUAUUUAGAUAAAACUAUUGAAGAAAUGGCGAAACGUCGCAGAAACCAGAAAAACUUCAAACAGAACAAGGGAAAGAAUUACAAAGGGAAACAGAAUAGGAAACGUAAACAAGACGACCAUGGUGAUGCGCCGCCGACUAAAGUUAAGGCUGAUAGCUAAUUAGAUAUUUGUACUGAAAGCAUUAAACAUUUAUUAAACUAAGGAUCCUUAUAAAAACUAUUUCAAAAUAUUUCCUAUAAAAUAUGUGAUUUGUAAUAGUUGUUGUGCAGUUAAAGUAAUUUGCUAUAAAGAAAUUAGAAACAACAUA